CCAUCCAUGCUCGGGGUUGUAAUGGCAGUGCAGAAACAGAAACGAGCCUCCUCUCUGUCCUCGCUGCGAAAAACGGAGGCAUCCCCGAGGUGAGAGGCAAAGUGAGGCAGAGGAAGGGUAGGCCUUGUCUUGGGAGACUUCUGCUCCUCCAGCAGCACAGGCAGCGUGAUGUCAGCGGUGGCAGCACUGUUGUAAUUGACUUGGUGGGGGCGAUGGCGUCAUUUUAUGCCCUGGUGUAGCCUCCUGCUCCAAUAGCGAAGGGGAGACGGAUCUUUAGCCGACGCGACCGUGGCUCCCUUGGCCGGGAUCGAGCACCGCCGAGCCGGACACUUGACGCCGGGAAACAUGGAGGCUGUGGCCGAGGAGCUGCGGGCCGGCUCUCGGGUACCUGUCACUAUCGAUCAAAUAGUUAACGAUACACUGGUGGUGACGCUGACCUAUCGAGAAAGGAGCUACACGGGGAUAUUGCUCGACUGCAACAAGAAGUCCGGGCUAUUCUGCCUACCAGAUUUCGCGGCAAAACCCGGAGAGUGCCCGAUACCUAAACCAGCUUGUGAAAUCACAGAAGUUCUGAGUGAGGAACCGGUUUCCAAAUCUCCCAGCCAGGAUUCACACAGACCAAAGGAUGAAAACACUCUCCCUGAAAGCAGCAUACCUACUGCACCUCUUCCCUGCCCCGUACCCACACCAGUGCCAGCUGGACAGACUCCUUACCCUCCUUAUUUUGAAGGAGCCCCCUUCCCUCAGCCCUUAUGGGUGCGCCACAGCUACAGCCAAUGGGUACCUCAGCCCCCUCCGCGACCAAUCAAGAGAAAGAAGAGGCGAACGCGAGAGCCUGGGCGCAUGACUAUGAGUACUAUCCGUCUGCGGCCACGGCAGGUACUAUGUGAAAAGUGCAAGAACACACUGAAUAGCGACGAGGACAGCAAAGACGGCAUGAGCAACUCUAAAGCUUCUAGAAAAGAGAAUGCACUACAGAGCGACGACGACGGCGAUGACAAGGAUACCCCCUCUAAGCUGUCGAGAAAAGAGGAUGUAGUUGCAACCAAGGACACUAAGAGACGUGAAAACGGCACCAGCCUUGACAGCAAGCGCCUCAGGAAGGACAAAAGGGGAGAGGCUGAGGGGGAGAAGUUCCCCGGAGGUGACGUUAUCCCCCACAGUCCUGUCAUAAAGAUCUCGUACAGUACUCCACAGGGCAAGGGGGAGGUCAUAAAGAUCCCCUCGAGAGUCCACGGCUCGGUCAAGCCAUUCUGCCCCAAACAACUGGUGCAGAAUGGUGUUGGAGAAAAUGGCAAGACGCCUUCAGACCCCUCCAAGGAGCAACGUCACAUCCUAGAUGCCACGAGGUCUGGCCUCACCGUGUCCAUUCCCAAACUCAAACUAACCAGGCCUUUUACAACCGUGGGUCAGGACUUGCCUUCUCCAAAGAUCCGCUUGAGACCCCCUCAGAGGGAGGGUGAGGAGAGCGUGGUCGAGUAUGAGGCAGAACUUGUAGGAGGCACCAGGAGACGAAGCCCCAGGGUGCCCGGUCCCUGCCUCCCCCACUCUGAAGACUCGGGGGAAGGCAAGAACUCUCUGGAGUUGUGGUCGGGGAGUUCAGGCGAGGAGGCGGAGCGCGGCCACAGCGACCUCACCCUUCUCAUCAAUUUCCGUAAACGUAAAGCAGAUUCUUCUAGCCUGUCGGUCUGCAGCAGCGACAGUCUAGACGAGUCCAAGUCUUUCAGCUCUGACGGCACCUCACCUGAACUGUGCGAUCUGGCUCCAGGCGAAGACCUGUCCGUAACCUCAUCCUCUGUACCGUCACGGGAAGACUGCAAGACAGUGCCGCCGCUAACGGUGCGACUUCACACCCGCAGCAUGACAAAGUGCGUAACGGAAGAGGGUCACGCCGUGGCGGUGGGCGACAUCGUGUGGGGGAAGAUUCACGGCUUCCCCUGGUGGCCGGCGCGCGUCCUCAGCAUCAGCGGCACCCGCAAGCAGGAGACAGCCAGUUGCGAGGCCCAGUGGCCCCAGGCGAAGGUGGCGUGGUUCGGUUCGCCCACCACCUCCCAGCUCUCCGUUGCCAAACUGUCGCCCUUCAGAGAGCUCUUCAGGUCCCGCUUCAACCGCAAGAAGAAAGGGAUGUACCGGAGAGCCAUCCUGGAGGCAGCCAAGGCCGUGGGUCACAUGAGCCCAGAGAUUACAUCGCUGCUUUCUCACUGCGACACAAGCCUGAGGACUGACUAGAGGACUGUUUUUUCUGAAUCCUCAGACUCUGUCAUCAAGACCCAGGAGGGGAGUACGUGAGGUUGCCACGGCUACUAUUUAUAUGCCGGUUUUUUUUUUUCUUCAGUUUUUUUUUUUUUUCUC